CUGUCCGCGAGACACGUGCCGUGUUUGGCUUGAGGUCCAAGUCAAGGACAAUCAGCAAGCCUGGAAAAACCAUCGUAUUCACACACACGCGUCCCGUUCCUCCAUCUCCCACCUCUCAGGAAUUUUCCCCUGUUUUCUAUUCCUUUUUCUCUUUUUUUCCACCGAAACAAACACACACAUAACGUUUUUAUAGUUUUCUUUGUUUCGUGCGGUACAACCGCCAUGCCACGUCUUCUUCUUUCUCUCUCUUAAACCCUACUACACGUCUCUCUCUCUCUCUCUCUCUCUCUCUCUGUUUCGGUCUUUCUUUCUCUCUCCAAUUUUCUUUUUUGUUGUUUGCAAAGAUUGCGUUGUAGAUCGUUUUAGAAAGCGAAAAGAAAAAAAAAGAAGAGGUUGUAGCAGACGAAAAAUGAGAGGUUUUAGUGUAUUUGACAGAGUUUCUAGAGCUUUCCAUGACCAUCCUACGCUUUCUAAGGCGCUCUUGGUUGUCACCGUGAGUGGUGGGGGACUUCUGGCUUACGCUGAUGCAAACUCAAGCAACGGUGCGCAAAUCAUAAAUUCGUCUGAGGCGGAUACUAAGAAAAAGAAGGUGGUCGUGCUUGGGACCGGUUGGGCCGGAACAACUUUUUUGAGGAACUUGAAAAGUCCUUCCUAUGAGGUUCAGGUUGUGUCACCUCGCAAUUAUUUUGCGUUCACUCCAUUGUUACCAAGUGUUACAUGUGGUACAGUGGAAGGUCGCAGCAUUGUUGAACCCAUUCGCAAUAUUGUUAGAAAGAAAAAAGUGGAUGUUCAAUUCUGUGAAGCUGAGUGUAUCAAAAUUGACGCUGAAAACAAGAAAGUCUACUGUCGAUCUAGUGUAAAUAAUAAUUUGAAUGGGAAAGAAGAAUUUAUUGUGGACUAUGACUACCUUAUAAUAUCUGUUGGAGCCAAUGUUAACACGUUCAACACUCCUGGUGUGAUGGAGAAUUGCCACUUCUUGAAGGAAGUAGAAGAUGCUCAAAAGAUUCGAAGAACUGUUAUUGAUUGCUUUGAAAAAGCAAGCCUGCCAACCACUAGUGAUGAAGAGAAGAAAAGAAUUCUUCAUUUUGCUGUUGUUGGUGGUGGCCCAACUGGCGUGGAGUUUGCUGCAGAACUUCAUGAUUUUGUCAAUGAGGAUUUAGUCAAAUUAUACCCUGGGUUAAAAGAUCUAGUUAAAAUUACACUUCUGGAAGCAGGGGAUCAUAUUCUGAACAUGUUUGACAAAAGAAUCACAGCUUUUGCUGAAGAAAAAUUUCGAAGAGGGGGUAUUGAUUUGAAAACAGGAUCCAUGGUUGUCAAAGUAUCUGACAAGGAAAUUUCUACAAAAGAAUUGAAAAAUGGGGGGGAGAUUUCUACCAUACCUUAUGGAAUGGUUCUCUGGUCUACUGGUAUAGGUACUCGCCCUGUUAUAAAAGAUUUUAUGAAGCAAAUUGGCCAGGCUAAUAGGCGGGCUUUAGCAACUGAUGAAUGGCUGCGAGUUGAGGGAUGUGAUAACAUAUAUGCGCUUGGUGAUUGUGCAACAAUAAAUCAGCGUAAAGUCAUGGAAGAUAUUUCAGCAAUAUUCAGUAAGGCAGACAAGGACAAUUCAGGAACACUUACUGUUAAGGAAUUUCAAGAAGUUAUUGAUGACAUCUGUGAAAGAUAUCCCCAAGUGGAGCUUUAUUUGAAGAAUAAGCAGAUGCGCAAUAUUGUUGAUCUUUUGAAGGUACCCAAAGGUGAAGUAGCAAAAGAAUCCCUAGAAUUGAAUAUAGAAGAAUUUAAAUCAGCUCUUUCCCAAGUGGAUUCUCAGAUGAAAAAUCUUCCUGCUACAGCUCAGGUUGCAGCUCAACAAGGUGUCUACCUUGCUAGGUGUUUUAACCGCAUGGAAGAGUGUGAACAGAACCCAGAGGGUCCUCUCAGGUUCAGAGGGCAAGGUCGGCAUCGGUUUCGUCCCUUUAGGUACAAACAUCUUGGACAAUUCGCUCCAUUAGGAGGAGAAGAAACUGCGGCUCAACUCCCUGGAGAUUGGGUGUCCAUCGGCCACAGCUCCCAGUGGCUUUGGUAUUCUGUAUAUGCAAGCAAACAAGUAAGCUGGCGCAACAGGGCACUUGUAAUAACAGACUGGGCAAGGCGUUUCAUAUUUGGGAGGGAUUCAAGUCAAAUCUGAGGCGGCUGCCAAGUUUUAUAAUAGCUGGCAAUUUGCGGUUCGUAAUGGUAGACAAGUUUUGGAUUUUGACAAUAAAGGAAAAUUUUGUCUUUCUUUCCUGAUCGGUUAAAUCUGAUUGCAUUGAUGAACUACGUAAAGCAGGCCCUGGUAGUGUUAUCAAAAUUGAAUUAUUAAAUUGGUUUAUUUUACAAUUGUGAAUAAAUAUUGGAAUUUUGGAGGAGAGGGUACCCUAAAUUGCCUGGGUCAAAUUAUUUGUUUUAAAUUUCAAUAGUGCAGAAUUUAUUUUUGAUAAUUA